AUUUAAACGAAGAGGAAUCAAGAGUAUUUUAUAUUAACUUUUUACAGUUUUAAGCAAUUGUGAUGUCAUUAGUUGAAUUCUUCUUAUAGGAGUUAUAUCACAAAUAAAAAUGCAUUGGUCAUCAGCUUUAUAUACCGGAGGUAUAAUAAUUACAUUAUUCCUCCUAAUCAUAAUAUCCACAGACGUUUCAAAUGGUUGCAACGAAGCUGUUUGUGCAAGUAUUGUGAGUAAAUGUAUGCUGACACAAUCCUGCAAAUGUGAUUUAAAAAAUUGUACCUGUUGCAAAGAAUGUUCAAUAUGUUUAAGUGAAUUUUACAGUGAAUGCUGUUCUUGUGUCGAAAUGUGUCCGAAACCGAAUGAAACUAAUUAUCAUAUGUUAAGCGUGAACAGUCAUGUUGAAGAUUUGAAAAAUAGUAGUGUUGAAGGAUUAUUUAAUGCAUUAACUGAAGAACCUGAUCCAGAAAGUCGUUGGAUUGUUUUUAACUAUCCAAAUGAUUUUAGUAAUUUUCAAUCAGUGUUUUCCUCGAAACAUGAAGAUCCAUUUUUAUUGUCCGUUGAUAAAAAUACAGUACUUCCAAAUUGUACUGUAGCAUUUAUGACACAAUGUAUGAGCUGGAAUAAAUGUAAACAAAAUUGUUUAAGCAUGGGAGCAUCAAGUUAUCGAUGGUUCCAUGAUGGUUGUUGUGAAUGUGUUGGAAAAACAUGCAUUAAUUAUGGCAUAAAAGAGAGCAGAUGUCCCGAAUGUAAUGCUAUUGACGAAAUUGAUGAUCUUGCAGAUGAAAUCGAUUAUGGAGAAUUUCAUUACGAGUCACAAAGUUUAGGAGAUAUGUAAUCUCAAAAGUAUAUUAACUCAUUUUACAUGUUCUAGCGAAUUUUCUUUAAGAAAAUUUAGCUAUUUUAUUAUUCAAAAGAAAUGUCUGUUUUUAAAUGUUAAUUUUUACAGUAAUCGUUUAUAUUACUUAUAAAAUGUAUUUAUAAAAUAAUGUAAUAAUUGUACUUGCCAUUCAAUUUGCUUCAAGUUUUUUUAGAUCGUUAUUUAUACAUAUUUUUUAGGAAAUGAGGCAGCCCUAAUUAUAAAUGAAGAUACUACUUAGACCAUUUAGACUCUAGAUAGUCUAAAGGAUACUACGAUUCUUUAGCACCUUGAUUUGAAUGAUUCUUUUGAUGGGUAAUAGUGAAUAGAGUUCACCGACUGAAUGUUUUUACUAAUCCGACACGGAAAUCGUAAAAUUUCCGAUAAUUAAGGCUCGCUCAUUAUUAUAAAAAGAAAAUCUAUAAAUAUCGGUCUUAAAGAAUGUAAAAUGAGAUAUUUUUGUUAUCAAACAAAAUUGUUUAGCCAUAUAUUUUUUAUAUUUGUAUUAAGUCAGUUUUUAAUGUGUAUAUUGCUUUUUAAAUAAAAAAAUAUUAUAAAUA